AUGUCUCAUUUUCCGUUUGAUGAGAGGGGGAAGAAUAUGCGGGGCGCGAAUGCCGGGGUAGAAGAAGGAAGGAAACCUGCGUCUCGCCUCAUUUAUGGUCGUCCACGCGUUUUCAAAUGGGGAUUGGCUUGUGGUCCUCUGGGAAAUAUUAGUACCGUGAACAGCGACCAGAACGACCGCACAAAAAUCCCAGCGUCCGACCCCUCAACCGUCGGGAUGGACGACAGCACAAUCUACAACGACUCCCGGCACAAUCUUUUGAGCUUUACGGAGCACUCCUCGUCAGAAGGGGUGUCGCCCUUGGAACAAGAUGUCUUGGACGAAUACGAGAGGUUAUCGAGGAACAUGAAGGAGCUCUCGUCCACGCUGGCCGACCUCUCCGGCGGACCCAUCACGCUCGAAAUCGCCGAGGGACUUCGGUUGUUGGAGCGCAAGGUCGCCAGCGUCUACACGCUGAUGAAGGCGAGUGUGUACAGCAUCGUGCUGCAACAGGGGCAGGUCGAGGGAGGAGACGAUGCUGCCGGCGCUGCAGACAGAUCGGAUGAUGAUGGGGGAGAGGCGGCCGAGUAA